AUGUUUUCUAUGCCAUCAUCUGCAUCAGGGUCUCAUAGUUAUGAUUUUGAAAAGGAAGAAAAUGCUGCCAAGUGGAAGGGAGUGUUGGAGCAAGUCCACCCAUCACUGAAAGCUCGAGAAGAUGCUCUCGACUAUGUUGAGAGCCUUAUUCUACGGUUGUUGGGUAUGUUAUGUACCCAUCCUUCACCACAUUCUGUGCAGGAUGUUGAAGAACGAGUCAGACGUACAUUCCCUACGCCCAUUGACAAGUGGGCACUUGUGGAGGCUAAAGAAGCAUUGGAACGAGGCAAAAAGAAGUCGCCUCUUGUGCUUCCUGUUGACAAAAUCCACCAUUUACUUCAAAAGGAAGUUCUACAAUAUAAAGUGGAGUCGCAGGUGUCAUUAUAUAUCGUAGCUGUUCUUGAAUACAUCUCAGCUGAUAUCCUUAAGCUUGCAGGCAACUAUGUCAAAAACAUUCGUCAUGUUGAAAUAUCAUGCCAAGAUAUUCGUGUGGCAAUGUGUGCUGACAAGGCCCUUAUGGAUAUGUUUUAUCAAGACGAAGAUGUAUCCAGUACUCCUUUGGAUGAAACUCUAGAUCCUGUUGCCCCUCGAACAUCCGUGACAUAUGAAGAGAUGGUUCGAGAUCUCAUUCAUGAGGAGAAGCAGUAUUUACGAGAUUUACAUAUGAUUAUUAAGGUGUUCCGUGAAGAAUUGGCUAGACUCUUACCACCUGGUAGCAAGGAAUUGGACUGCAUGUUCAGUACCAUCAUGGACAUAUACGAGCUAACGGUAACAUUGUUGGGCUCUUUGGAAGAUACGGUGGAAAUAAGUGAAGAGAAACAAGUGCCUGCCAUAGGAAGUUGUUUUGAAGAACUUGCAGAGGCUGCAGAAUUUGAUGUGUAUGGACGCUAUGCAAAGGACAUCACCCAACAAAAAUGCCGUGAUGCAUUGACAAGAUUGCUAUCACAACCAGAAGUGUCAGAUGCUCUGCAGUCUGCUGGCCAUGGCUUCAGGGAGGCUGUUAAAUACUACUUACCCAAAUUACUAAUGGGGCCUCUAUGGCACUGUUUUCUUUACUUUGAAUACAUCAAGAUGCUACACCGAUUGACAUCAAGUGAGGAAGACAGAGAAUCCCUGGAGCAAGUGGAAGGAGUCCUGAGGCCUUUGCAAAUGGAGCUCCAUCAGACCCUUGGCAGUAUUCCAAAGAGAGAAUCUGGGAUGCGCAUGCAUGGUAGAGCAAGAAGGCAAGCUGCAUUAGAAAAAACCAAUGAGUUACAGAAAUCCAUUGAUGGUUGGGAGAGCAAAGAUAUUGGCCAGUGUUGUAAUGAAUUCAUUAGAGAGGAUGUGCUUGGAAAGGUUGGAAGUGGCAAGCGAUUGACUGAGCGAAGGGUGUUCCUUUUUGAUGGCCUUAUGGUUUUAUGUAAACCAAACAGCAAACGGGCCUCUGUGUCUGUCACAGGACCUGUAGGUGGAGAAUACAGACUCAAAGAAAGAUUCUUCAUUCGAAAAGUGGAAAUUCUUGACAAAGAAGACACGGAAGAAUUGAAGAAUGCAUUUGAGAUUGCUCCUCGUGUGCAACCUAAUGUCAUGUUGGUAGCAAAGACAGCAGAAGAAAAAAACAAUUGGAUGGCUGAUCUUGUGAUGCUAAACACAAAAAGCAUGUUGGAGCGAACCCUGGAUAGCAUUUUGCUUGAUGAAGAGAAGAAACAUCCUCUGCGACUUCCUUCUCCUGAUAUGUAUUUAUUUGCGGAAGCUGACUCUAACUCUAAUAUUGUUCUUGAAGAACGUGAAAAUGCAGGAGUACCUCUCAUCAAGGGUGCUACUCUUCACAAAUUAGUGGAGCGACUUACCUAUCAUAUUUAUGCAGAUCUUAAGUUUGUGCGAACAUUCCUCACCACAUACCGCAGCUUUUGUUCACCACAGGACUUGUUAUGUCUCUUGGUGGAACGUUUUAACAUUCCUGAUCCUUCACUUGUGUAUGACGACAAUAAGGAUUCUCUUGAUAGUGAGAAAGCAUUAAAUUCACAGAGAGAAGACUGGAAGCGAUAUCGCAAAGAAUAUUGUCAACCCAUUCAGUUCAGAGUGCUUAAUGUUUUGAGACAUUGGGUUGAUCAUCACUUCUACGAUUUUGAACGAGAUCCAACAUUGCUGGAAACAUUACAUAAUUUUCUUAACACAGUCAAUGGAAAAUCUAUGCGUAAAUGGGUGGAUUCAGUUUUGAAGAUAGUACAUAGAAAGUCUGAUCCUACAGAACAGCAACGUGAAAUUCGCUUUGCAUUUGACCGGUCACCACCACCUACUGAGUGGCAUAUUAACUGUCCUGAAGAAGAAUGGACCAUUUUGACUCUCCAUCCUAUUGAAAUAGCACGGCAACUUACCUUACUGGAGUUUGAUUUGUAUCGUGCUGUGAAGCCCUCAGAACUUGUGGGGAGUGUUUGGACCAAGAAAAACAAGGAACAAACAUCGCCCAACUUACUGAAAAUGAUAAAGCACACCACAAAUUUCACUCGGUGGCUGGAAAAAAAUAUAGUGGAAGCAGAAAAUAUUGAUGAACGAGUAGCUGUAGUGUCAAGAAUUAUAGAAAUAAUGAUGGUUCUUCAAGAACUUAAUAAUUUUAAUGGUGUGCUUGCAGUAGUGUCUGCAAUGGGUUCAGCAUCAGUUUUCCGCCUGAAAUAUACAUUCCAGGCUAUUGCUGCAAGGCUGGAGAAAGCAUUAGAGGAUGCUAGAGAACUUAAUAAUGAUCACUUUCGCAAGUACCAAGAGAAGCUGCGCUCGAUAAAUCCACCUUGCGUUCCAUUCUUUGGCAUGUACCUGACAAAUAUCCUACAUAUUGAAGAAGGUAAUCCAGAUUAUCUACCUCAGGCACCUGAGUUAAUCAACUUCAGUAAAAGAAGAAAAGUGGCAGAAAUCACUGGCGAGAUCCAGCAAUAUCAGAACCAACCAUAUUGUCUCAAAGUUGUGCCAAGCAUUCGGCAUUUUUUGGAGAAUUUAAAUCCAUUUGAAAACCAGAAGGAUGCAGAUAUAAGUAAUUACCUUUACAGCAAGUCAUUGGAGAUAGAGCCUCGGAAUUGCAAACAACUACCUCGAUUUACUCGUAAAUGGCCUGAUCUGAACCUUAAGAGCCCGGGUAUCAAGCCACGCAACUUACCUGGUCGUAGUCAUCCUCCUGGUCCAUUGCCAUCAAUACACAGUGACCGAAGUCUUGUCAGGCCUCAGGAUGAUUCAUCUGAGGAUACACCACGUACACCACUUACUGGUCCACACACUCCCCCUCAUCAUAAUUCUUCCUCUUCUUCUGCUGACUUCAGUGUGUUUGCCCAAAUUCUUAUUGGCCAUUGUAAGUAUUUGAACCACAAUGUGAAUAUUUUUACUAAUAUCUGGUAUUAUGAGUACAAUAUUGUAUUUCUGAAAGAUGGAAUUGAUGUUGCUGAUAAAUUAUAUUUUGCAGCUCCAAGUGGUAGUCAUUCACCAGGUCCACAAGCUUCCAUGAGUGGUUCAAUUGCAAGUUUGCAAUCUGCAAUAUCAACUUCUACACUGACUCUUGCGUCUGCUGCCAACUCACCUGCAACCUCUCCAGCUAACGCGAACAAUCCUACCUUUGCAGUACCACCACCUUUUCCAGCUGGUCCUCUUCCCACACCACGGCCUCCGCCACCUCUUCCACCUCGCACCCGAAGGCGAGAGAGUUCGGUUGGUGAUAGCAGCUCUCCUCAGCAGGCACGACAAGCUCCAGAUGCUCCACUUUUACCACCUCGAGACCCUUCUCCACCACCCUUGCCUCCUCGUCGUGAUGUGUCCUCUAGCUUGUUGAUGGGGAGCAGUAGUGCCACUAUGCCAAGGUCAGCUGUGGGACCUACGCGUGAAUUGAGUGCAGUUGGGAAUUCUACUCUUCUUCAGAGAAGAAACUCUGCUCUGGAUAUGCAUGUAGUCACAUCAACUAGUAAUGUCACCAAUACUUCAGUCCCAGUACCUUCCCGACGACAUAUGUCCUUCAAUGGUCCUGUGGUCUCGUCAUCACAACUGUCAGUUUUUAGAGCCCCUCCACUUGCAGUCCUGUGUCCAGCUGGUAGUACAAGUUCUCUGCAUGGUGUCAACACAACAGCAGGUAGUGGAAGCAACCACCACCAUCACCCCCAUCAUCACCAUCACAUGCUGGAUCGCAGUGCUGACCUGAACACACCGAAACUUCCUCCAAAGCCCUGUUUGACACGUCCACCUGCAUCUCUUCAUCCUCCUACAUUUAGUAAGCACAGUGGUGGACACAUGGCCAGCUAGUAGAUCCAAAGCCUCCAGCAGUGUGCUCUGGGGGAGCGGUGGUGUGCUCUGGAGGCAGAAAGACAAGGUGCAACUUUGAUGGACUCGUUAAUAUUCCUUGUUCUGGUUACGCAGUAAUUCUCUGCAUGGCAAAGGGAGGGAGAGUAAAGAGAGGUUGACAGUGCCAUUUCCAUAAUGAGGGAACUGUGUAGGUGAUGAUGCCCUUGCUUUAAAAUUAUUUCUGAAAGCUUGAGGGUGCAUGUAUUUUUAGAAUGCUCUAUUGCCCUAUGAAGUAACGAGCAGGUAAAAAAGCUGUCCAAUAUUGCAGAGUGGCUGUAUCCCAGCAGCUAUAAUCAAAUAUAUGUGCAAUAUAUGUGUGACACGCAACUGGUAUUAAUUCUUGUAAAUAUAAUGCAGUGUUUAUUUGCGGUUAAUAGUACAGAAUGAAAUGAAUUUUGAUAUUGUUCCUUUUAGUAUACAAACAAUUGUUUUAUAUUGUUAUGAAGUAUAUUUUGGUUUAUUGGUAUUAGGCAAAUGUAUUCAGGUUUUAUUUUGCAAUUUUGAUUAUAAUCUCUGUAAUUCUGUCACAUUAGCUGGAGAACUAAUAAGACCCCUGAACAUGUCUUUCUCUACAUCAAAUUAUUUCUUAAAAUUUCUUGUUGAAUCUUGAAAUGUUGUGUCCUCUGUUUAUAAUGUUCUUAUCUUUGGUGUUUGCGUCUUUCGGUGUUACAUGAGCACUCGUGGAUUUUUGCAAAAUAUUUUUUUCUUUUUCUAACUAAAUAAUAACAAGUAUUGUAUUACAAUUGAUUUAAGACUGUCAUUUUACUAAAACAGAAAUCACAUUUCAUCACAGUACAAUAAUUUCAUAGAUCUUUGAAAUGAUUAUUAAUGUGAUGAAAUAAUAGAAAGAAUUUCAUGUGAACAAAUUUGAUUGGUAACAAUAAUAUCAGAAGUACUUGUUGCAUAUUUUUAGAUGAGUCAUAUCGUCUACAUCAGUGACCUAUGCCUCCCAAAAGUUCCACGAAUCAGCCAUUGUAUAGAUCGUAAUGAAUUGUUCUCUGCAAAAACAAAUUAAACAUUUUUAAUUGUGAGUAAUUUUGUUGCGUUAAAAAAAGUUCGUGUGAACACUAGGUUUUUCUCUUCAAAGGGUCAGUUGGUUUCAAAUGCACUAACAAUAAAUACUAUGUUGUAUACCUACCUAUUUGGUAACACACAAUCUACACGUGUGAUCGUUGGAUGGUUAAAUGGCUGCUGUUUAUUGGCUAAGUACCAUCUAGUGCUAAUAAGAACUCAAAGUGAUCCAUUGCACAUAAUUCACUCCAACUAUCAGUUUCUAAUGUCAAAAUUUGUUACUAUGACUCAAUGAGGUAAUUGAUUCCUAUGCAGAAUAUAAGCGAAUUUUUAAUUCGAGGAGCCAAGAAUGCUUAGUGCUGCCCAAACAAACACUGUAUGGUUAAAUAAGUAAAUACUUUGACAGUUUUAAAAUUAGAUUGUGGGUAAAGAAUACUUUAGUUAAACCACCACACAAAGUAAUGUUUAAUGUUUCACACUUAAAAUGUGCAUUCUAAAACCACUGAGAAGAUGAUCACAUUGUUGCACAUUAUUAGUGCAGUAAUUUGACUGUUGCUAGAUCAGGUCAUAUAUGAUUGAGAGUUAAUGGAAGAACCUGCCCCAAUGAGUUGGUCUAUUUGUUGAUUGUGAAAUGGUUUAUUGUGAAAUGUUUUGCAAAAUGGUAAAGUUGUAUCUGUAGAAAUUUGCCUUAAUGAGACCAUGUCUAGUAAAAGUUGCAAAGUUGUGACAGAAGUGAAACCAGUUAUAGAAAAUUACAGAAAACAGGUUGUUUUUUUUCCCCUCCAUAUAGACUAAUGAAUUUUUAUGCUGUUUACAGGAAAAUUAACAAUGAUCGUUAACAUCAUCCUUAAAUAAAGUUUCUUGGCAAUUUUAGAGUUUCUGUAAGCCCAAGUUAUUAAUAAAUCAUCUAAUAUUUCGGUUUUGUUGUUUUGGGGAUAUCUCCAAAAGGAUCUUAUGUUUGGAAAUGUAAUAGUGAUCUUUCAUGAAGCUCAGGCAUGAGCGAUUUAAGUGCUUUACAUGGAAACGAAACAGUGUGUGCCUCUCUUUUGACAUCCUUUCUUUAAAAUGUAGAUGUCAAUUUCAAGAAUACUGCUGCAUGCUAAACUUUCAUUGACACAUUACUGUCUUCUUGUAGCAUUAUUGGAAAUAAAAUACAUUUUCCAGUAGUCAGAGGAAGAUCUUAGCAGUGUACAUAAACUUUUAUAGAAUAUCUAUCACAUUUAACCACAUAAGAAGCAGAAAUUAUUAUUCAAGAUUUAGAGCACUGCUUAUCUCUCUCUGACCUCUGGAUGAUGUUCAUGAUGACUCUGAUAGGUAGUCAGUGUGUAAAGCAUUGCUGCAGGCAUGCUGCCACUGUGUUGGGUGCUUGUAUUGUGCUGUGCAAAUUUUAUGCUCUAUACUGCAACUACAAAUGGGUCUCUCCUCAGUUUUCAUGUUACACUUUAAAAGUAGCCCUCGAGCAACUGCUUUUGUCAAGACUGAAGUGGCUAGUCAAGUCUUGUUGCCUUACUGUGAUCUCUGGAGAACCCUUAAAUAUAAACAGAAUUUCAAUAGCUGGUUGCUGCAUGGUGUAAUGUUGUUUCUGUAGUGUUGUAUGUGGAUCAAUGCUGAAGUUUUAAAUAUUACAGUGAAAUAAAAGGCAGAAAUGCCAGCUUACUUUUGUUCUGUGUUUAUAAAUAUUUUAUGCGAUUGCUGCAUGCCAUGUAGCAUUGGCCUCAUUGUAUUGUCUCAUGUCAGAAGAUUAGAUUAUUCUUUGACAAUGUAUUGAAUUGCUGUAUAGUGUUAAAUUAGUCUUCCUGGUAAAAGAAAAUAAUGUUAGUAGAUAAGAGAUUUUUCAGUUUUACCAGUAAGACUAUGAAUAUAAACAUAUAUAAUCUAAGAUCAUGAGUUUGUGUGGACAAACUUUUCAGACAUACAUAUAUACAAACAUCUAGUAGAAUUUGAAGGUAUGAAACAUUAGUGUAGAAUGUAUUGGAGUAAUGUCCUGUAUAGAAAGUAGCAGGAAAGAGACUGGCCCUAAAGGAAAAGGCCAUGUCAUAAAUCCUGGAUGUAUAAAUUUGUAGUUAAUGAGUACAAUAGCCAUCCGUGUAUCAUAGCUUUGAGAAAGACAGUUUGUAUGUGCUGUUGAUAGUAGAUGGGGUCCAAAUCACUUGGUGAAUAGUGCGGAGCAGGGGCUAAAGCCAAGGAUCAAAGGUUUCUCUACAAGGCCAUAGAUUGUAUAUAGGAUGUAGUGGUGAGUACUUUUGUUAAUGAAAUUCGUAAGGAAUUGCAUUUGCUAUCUUAAAUCUGCACAGACAGCAUUAUUUAUAUGCAAUUUAAAAAAUACAACUUGUAUUUUGUGUUUUAAAUGCAUAUUGAUUCAUUCCACCAAAUCAUGUGGUUUUUUUUUUAGAAAUGAAUGUAUUAAUAUUUUUUUACUUAUGGAGCCAGAAAGCCAUAGUGCUGUUGUGGAAAUGUAGAUGCUCUUGUUGACAUUUUCAGUAAGAAAAUAGAUUAUAAACAAAACUAGUCAUUUAAGAUAAUGUUAAAUUAUUAGUAAAUGCAAAGGGAGAGAGCUUUUUAAUGUUUUUUUUCUGAUAGGGUGUUUUACUAUACUCAUUCCUGCAUUAUUACUGUAUUAUGGUCUGCAUCUGUCUUGGUUAUUGAAAUACUAAGAGUUCUAGAAAACAAUCUUAUGGUAGAUUUGAGUUUGGCAGCAUUACUUGAGAAUUAAUAAGUUUCCUAAAUCCCACACAAUAAGAGAAUAUUUUGAAAUUAUAAUUUUUUUUCCCCUUCCAUUUAUUGUUGCCUUAGGUGCUUUUAUAAUAUCUGACUGAUGAAACGAAUUUACUUCUCUGAAAAUAAUGUUUGAAAGCAUAUUUUGAAACCACACCUGGGCAGAGAAUAUUUUAAGAUAACAGAUGCAAUCCAAUAAAAUAUUUUUGUAUGUCUUAGUGCACAGUUUGUCCAGUCUCACAUAUAGGAAGUCUUGAGUGUGCAUUAUAUGUAGAUGUUUGUAGUGCUGAUGAAUUUAUAGGAUGAAAAGGACUAUCAUAAAUGCUAAACAUUUGCCCUAAUUUUAAACCUGCAGCUGUUAUUUGUUAAUGUCAUCAUAUGUGCAGUGAUGUUGUAAAGUCCCUGGUUUUAGCCAUUUUUAUAUUAAGCUUUUUACAUCAAGACUUUGUAUGUGAUACCCAAAGGGUGGUUUCAUAUAUCAGAUCUCCUUUCAUGUAAUUGAGAAAGAUACUUCAUAUUUUUGUAUCAACAGUAACGUUCAUAUUUUAAUAGUUUUUGGAUAAUGGUUGUUGUGCAACAAUAACAAUUGACAAUUACUGUUUAGCCUAGGGCAGUGACUGAUGUAUCAACAAGUAGCUUCAGAAUUUGGAAUGGGUAGCCAGUUGUUUUUCUAGAAAAUGUGCAUGACAUGAUUUGCUUGUGCCGGUGUUUAUAUCGUCAUGUGAAAAUGCAAAUCUAUUUAGUUGUUCACUUAUGUGAACAAAUUAUCCUACAAUAACUCUAUCUCAACAUUUUUGUUCAUGAAAACUGUAAAUAGCAGGAGCCAGUAUUUAGUAACUAUUCCAUAAUAUGACUACUCAUUUGUUAGCUACAUUAGUAUAGUGACUAGUACAAGUUAUAGUAGUUAGUGCCACAUUGAAUAUUACUGAUUUAAUAUUGUGCGACGAACGUACAUUGGGAGGAUUGUGAUGCUGAUGGGAGACCAGUGGUUUACAUGAAAUCAUGAAAAGAAUAUUUGAUUAUUUAUUAUUAAAUUACAAUGUAAUAUUAAUUUCUAGAACCUGAGAGAUACUAUAUCUAGAUUAGAGUGGUUUUGACUCUAAUAGUUUCAUGCCAGCAACUCCUAGUAAUGAUGUAAUCUUGUUACCUGUGAUACAACAAAGUAAACAUGUUUUGUGAAAUGAUGAGGUGCUUGAAUUAUAUUUCAUUUUCUAAAAUGUAAAGCCUAGCAUAUUGUAUUUUACACACAUUGGUCUUUAUUUAGAUAUGUGUUCAUUCCAAUAAACAAGAUUACAAUUGCCCGAAUUCAGUUAUGUAACGAAAUUAUUGUAACGUAAUUGUAUCCUUUUUUAAAUUAAUUAUCUAAAAUUUCUUGCAGAAUUGUUGUGCAGUCACCAUUUGAGCAGUUUUUUAUUCAGAUUUAGAACCAUAAUCAUUCCAUGGAUAUUCCAUGGGGGAGAAAAUGAAAAUAUCUUUAUUUUAUGGAUAGAUUUGAGAGUUCAUGUGAAAGCUGAAUUAACAUCGGCUAUUGUUGUGGUGUUUCUUUGCUCAGCAUCAAUUAUGAAGGCCAUAAUGACUUUGGUACAUUGAAAUAAAAUAGUGCGUUGGAGAUUUGAGCCCCUGUCCCGCACAAAAUUGAAGCUGUGCAGGUUUCCUAUUGAUAAAUGGUUUGGUAUGAAAUUGUAAAUUGUACACAAAGUGUUAAAACUGUGAUAUGUAGUGUUAAUUUUUGUAGUGAUAAGAUUUUAAAUGUAUGGGAUGUUGAUGUACAUAAAAAUAUAUAUAUAUGAGGAUGAAUUAUAGACAUAUGAUUAGAAUUAUUUAGCCCAGGAGUAUUUGUGAACAAAUGUCAAAAAAAGAAAUUAAAUAUGCCAAAUUUUUGUUAAUAUGGGAACAUGUUAAUAUAAAAUGACGUUUAUAUAAGUAUAUACCUGUGUAUAAACAUAUAUUUAUAGUGGAAAUAAUUUCUUCUACAUGCACCUGGAAAUGAAAACCACAAAAGUAAGAUGUCUCUUGUAAGCAAAGUAAAAUAAAAAUAUUUGAAUGAGUAUGUUCAAAUGUGAAAUUUGUUUUUAUUUAUUGGCAUGAAGCAACAAAC